AUGAGGACUAUGAGUUGUACAGAAUUGAAGAAGUAUCUGCCACAUGAUGUGGUGGUCGAAAUUCUUACGCGCCUUCCACCGGAGAAACUUUUGCGUUACCGGAGUGUCUGCAAGUUAUGGUCGUCGACGAUCGACGAUGCUAAUUUUAUUGCCAAUAAUCAGAAACACAAUGCCGGCAAUGAUUGUAUAGUAGCUUUAACAUUACCUAAGGAAGACGAAGAUGAGAAUAUUCGGUCUCAACCCGUCUUCAAAUAUCGUCUAUUUUCCGACGGCAAUUGCAUAGAAUCAAUUCACGACGUUUUGGAAAAUUGGACGGAUGAGAUCUCCGCGAUGCCGUGGAAAGUCGAGGGCACAUGCAACGGGAUCUUUUGCUACACGGGUCUUUGGCGUUAUAAAAAACACGACGAUUAUUACAAGAUAUACUUAUGCAAUCCAUUGACAAGACAAGUGUCUAUUCUCCCCGACUAUAGAGGUCCCUCUCAAGACAUUUCAUACAAGUGGCGAUCUGAUCGAUUCGGCAUCGGAUUUGAUACAUUGGAAAAAACCUAUAAGAUUAUCAAGGAGGUUUUCAAAGAGUUGCAAUUGCCAAAGCAUGAGGAUAGCCAAAAAGUUUCGAUUCAUGUGGUUGGAGGCUCCCUUUCUGCGAUGGCAUGUGAUGCCGACGACUUUGCAUGUCAUAUUUGGACAAUGAAAGAAUAUGGGAUCGAAGAGUCGUGGAUAAAGCAACAUAAAGUCCUUUUCCCGUAUGAGUGUCAUUGUUUGGAAGUGACUUAUGGAGGAAAGAUAUUAUGCGUAAUUAAUGACGACUAUCUUUUUGUUGUGAAGAAGAAAGAAAUGUUGCGAAUUUCGGAUAAAAAUCCGAAGCCUCGUCGGAUGAUACCUUAUAAUUGUCAGAAAUAUAUUUUAUACGAUCCGCAAUCAACAGAUUAUUAUACUACCAUUUGUCCGAUAAGCUUCGAUUCCAUUGUUGUCUUCUCCAUCGAAGGUAGUCUGGCCAAUUUUUUAUGAUUAAUUUUAAGAUAUUUUGAAUUUAUUCAU